CAUAGUCCCCAUUAAUAAUAUUAAUAUUAAUAACUAACCUUGAUUGCUGCCUUCCCGGCCGACAUGGGGGCGGCAUUAUUGAGGCAGCAAAUAUGGUUGUUGAUCGUUCUUGCGGCGGGCAUCGCUAUCGUGCACGCUGACAUAGCAGAGUACGAUGAGUUCUUGAAGAAGAGAGCAGAAGAAGCCUUCCAUUCCUCCCUCCAAGCUUACAAUGCCAACCCCGAACAAGUCGCAGAUUAUUUCAAUGCUGAAGUUGGAGACACAUUAAAGAAUUUGUCUAUCGCCAAAAGAAGGAACCUCAAGGAAGGUGGGAGCAGCUGCCAGGCGACCAAUCCCAUAGACCGCUGCUGGAGGUGCGACCCAAACUGGGCUAUGAACAGGAAGCGGCUAGCCGACUGCGCCCGCGGCUUCGGUCGCGGUACAACGGGGGGCAAAGGCGGUCAGAUAUAUGUCGUCACGGACGCUUCGGACGGGGACGUGGAAGACCCGAAGCCCGGAACUCUCCGGCACGCAGUGAUUCAGGAGGAGCCAUUGUGGAUCGUCUUCGCGAAAUCGAUGGUCAUCACACUCAAGCAAGAGUUGAUGAUAAACCAUAACAAGACGAUCGACGGGCGGGGCGCGUCGGUGCACAUCGCUUACGGGGCAGGGCUCACCAUCCAGUUCGUGCAAAAUGUGAUCAUCCACAACAUCCGGAUCCAUCACAUUUUGCCCAAGAUGGGUGGGAUGAUCAGAGACUCGACGUCUCAUAUCGGUCUCAGAACGAUGAGCGAUGGAGAUGCCAUCUCCAUCUUCGGGUCGAGCCAUAUAUGGAUCGAUCACGUGAGUAUGGCCAGAGCCAGUGAUGGCCUCAUUGACGCCAUCAUGGGCUCCACUGCCAUCACCAUCUCCAAUUGCAAGUUCAAUAAGCACAAUGACGUGAUGUUGUUGGGGGCGAGCGAUGCAUUCUCGGAGGACGCCAUAAUGCAAGUGACGGUUGCGUUCAACCGAUUCGGGAGGGGGUUGAUCCAGAGGAUGCCUAGGUGUCGGUGGGGGUUCUUCCAUGUCGUCAACAACGACUACGCUCAAUGGGAGAUGUACGCCAUCGGCGGGAGCUCGAGCCCCACCAUCGUCAGCCAGGGCAACCGCUUCAAGGCGUCUAACAAUCCGUUCACUAAGGAGGUGACAAAAAGAGAUUAUGCUCCAGAGAGUGUGUGGAGUAAUUGGCAGUGGAGAUCGGAGGGGGAUCUGUUCUUGAACGGUGCUUACUUUGUGGAGUCAGGGGAGGAGCUGAAGGUAACCCCGUUGACGCAGAGCAGCAAAAUCAAGUACAAGCCCGGCUCUUAUGUUGGGCGGCUCACACGUAAGGCCGGUACCCUAAGGUGCAAGGUCGGACGUCCUUGCUAAACUAGCCCCCACCCCUCGGGCUCAUCCCCGUGGCAACAACAAUUGUGAUUAGCGUUUGAGUUUUGGAUAAUUUUCUGACCGAAUUUGUUUUUUUUUUAAUUCAAAAAAAAAAACUGAUUGCAAUUCCAAAGUGUUCAAGUUAUUGCAGAAAUUGAGAUCAUUGUAAUACUGACAAUCAUCGAAAAUGUAUAUUUACACAUGUAUAGAACGCCUAACUAUGAGCAAUUAGUGUUGGAGUUCCUCGGAAAUGAAGAAGAAUAACACUAGCAUAUAUAGAAGGGUGAAAGUUUAUCUAUUAGCUUAAGCUUUUGGAUUAAAAUAAUUGAUCCCGA